GGGGCGCCCCUCUCUUUGAGAGAUCACCCCACGGAUGAGGCUCUCCAGCCGGGGGAGGUGCUCGCAGCUGUCCGCGAUGGUGUGGGGAUCGGGUAGACUGGCACGUCUCAUGGGACGUUUCUCCCUAGAUCGUUGUAGCUAAUGGAACAGCAAAUGCCCGGUACAUGUAGAUUCUUCUGGUUAGUGUUCAAACUAUGACUAGUACUUUGGCCCCAUGACGAAAUGGAAAAUCCCAUCGACGUCCAAAAACCUGGAUAAGACCUCUUACUGGAAGAAGUUAGUAGGUCUUAUUGCAGCAACUCAAAAUGCCUGAUAAAUGACAAAAUACACAUAUUUUUAGGUUUGUCUUUGCAAUAUCCCCUGCAACAUCUCUUGGAUUGCUAUGAGUGCAGUCAGCUAGAUGACCACUUUUCUUAUGGAGAGACGGGAAUGCCAGUUCCUCCUUUCGGUUGCACCUUUUCUACAGCUUCAGAUCUGCAGCAUGUAUUUGCAGUUGCAAAUGAAGAAGGCUUUGUUAGACUGUAUGAUACGGAAACACAAAACAGUAGCAAGCAGAUCUUUAGAGAGUGGCUGGCUCACUCAAAUGCUGUCUUUGACCUUGCCUGGGUGCCUGGGGAACACAGGAUUGUUACAGCUUCAGGAGACCAGACAGCCAAGAUGUGGGAUGUGGGAUGUGGAGAGCUGCUUGGCAUAUGUAAAGGUCAUCAGUGCAGCCUCAAAUCAGUUGCUUUCUCUAAAUUUGAGAAAGCUGUCUUCUGUACUGGAGGCAGAGAUGGAAACAUCAUGGUUUGGGAUACCAGAUGCAACAAAAAAGAUGGAUUUUAUAGGCAGGUGAAUCAAAUCGGAGGAGCCCACAAUGUAGACAAGCAGAUAUCCUCCAAAUCGAAGAAGAAAAAACAAAAUCUGAGAGGACUUGCCCCUUCAGUGGAUUUCCAGCAGAGUGUGACAGUGGUGCUGCUUCAAGAUGAACACACCCUUAUCUCUGCUGGAGCUGUUGAUGGUGUAAUCAAAGUAUGGGACCUGCGCAAGAACUACACCAUGUAUCAGCAGGAUCCAGUGCCAUUCAAAUCAUUCUGCUAUCCUGGGCUCAGCACUCGCAAGCUGGGAUAUUCUAGUCUGGUUUUGGACUCCACUGGUACCAGCCUGUUCGCUAACUGCACAGAUGACAAUAUUUACAUGUUUAAUAUGACAAGUUUAAAGACCACUCCAGUGGCAGUCUUCAAUGGACACCAGAAUUCAAGCUUUUAUGUCAAGUCCAGCACUAGCCCAGAUGACCAGUUCCUGAUUAGUGGCUCAAGCGACCAGAGUGCCUACAUCUGGAAGAUUUCUGAUCCCCAUCUUCCUCCCAUGAUGCUCCUUGGUCACUCUCAAGAGGUUACAUCUGUUGCCUGGUGUCCUUCAGACUUCACUAAGAUCACCACAUGUUCUGAUGACAACACUGUGAGGAUUUGGCGCUUACAACCUGACCAUACCAAGAGACUAGCAUCCAGCAAAGUCAGCUUGGUAGGCUGGGUCUGUCAGAAGAAACCAGAAGAGCAAAAUGUGCGACCAGCUACACACAGUACUCCUGCAAAAGACUCCAUGGUGGGUAGCCCAUGCAUUUCUUCACCACGGCCAGCAGCUUGUGCUCCCAGUUGUGUUGGGGACCUUCCUCGGUCUACCAAUACUACAACAUCCUCUCUCAAAAGCCCAGCAGUCAAGGCCCACACUCCAGCCAAGCAAAGCGAAGCCAUAUCAGGCUCUUCUCCCAAGCCAACAUCUUCCUCCAAGAUGUCUAUUAAAAACUGGGUUACCAGGACUCUGUACUUUUCUCCACCAGCAAUGGGAGCAAAGACGCCUUCUCCAAGAAAAGCCCUGGCAGCGGUGUCUCAGGAUUUUCCAAAGACAGUUGACACUCCCAUAUCACCACUCUCACAGUUUGAAAAGCAAGCCAAAAGAAGGCUGGAGUCCAGCAAGGGAAAUCACAUGGGAGAGAAGUGUCUAAAAGGCUGCAGUUGUGUGACAGAGCUGGACCCAGUGGCUAAAAAACCCAAGCUGGAUUGGUGCUUCUUUGCAGCAGGCCAGAAAGCCAGUAUUGAAGACUAUCUGAGCCUUGCUGAGUUGACGACUGGAACUGAAGGCUAUGGCCAGAGCCCAGAGGAACCAUCCCUUCCUGAAAGCCCACUUAAUCAGGCAGGCUUCCAGAACCCCCCUCGUCCUUUAAGGAACUCCUGCAGGAAAGGGGCUCAUGUUUUGGACAAAGAGAACAGUUCACCUGGCAAAAAAAACUGGCUGUCUGCAAUGGGAGAGAAGCUGAAGACUAGCAAGGCCAGUAGUCUGAAGGCAUCAGGCAACAGCCCCCCAUCCUAUCGGAAUCCCAGCAUAAGACAAAAAGCAGCAACUGCAGCCAGUCCACCAGGAUCUGCUACAAUAACUUCAGUUUCCAUGAGGAAGAUCUGCACAUACUUUCAUCGAAAGUCACAGGACGACUAGUGCCAUGUGCUGCAUUUGAAAGGAACUGUAGCCCUGACUGUUGACAGGUCACUGGUCUUACCAAGAGUGACUUUAGCGACAUGGAGGGAGAAGGAUGCUAGGAUUAGCCAAUGCAUUGUUGGCCCUGAAUAAAGUGAAGUUGAAUGUUUUUAUUCUCCUGUUCUUUAAAUUCUUUUAUAAAAUAUGUUACGCUUUGUAGCCUCAAUUUAGCUCAGCAUGAAACACGCUCAAGGCUGAUUAAUGGAGACUUAUAUGCCAUUAUCAUGAAAUAGGUGAUAGAUUUUAAAAUACAUGUUUUCUUUAACACAUCACCCAGUUAAAUGUUCCCCUGUGAGUUCUUUUUCAUGUGGCAUCUUUGAAAUGCUCUAAUUAUCUUUGGAAAUAGCAUCAUUGAUAUGUGAUGUUAGCAUAGUCAAAUACCACUUGUUGGCUGUUUGUUUUAUUAUAUCUAAUCUUGAAACUUGUGCUUAAGAGCACUAUGCAAAACUCUUUUUGAUAGCAUCUGAAUAGAGAUGUCUGUGGAGAAACUGUUGUUGCAGAUAGACAGGAGCCACUAUUUCUGUUAAAAUAUCUACAGCUUGUUCCUCUUGUAUAGCAGUUCAACAAAGAAUCUUCUAAAUGUCAAAAUCUUUUAACUUCCUGUAAAUACAAAACAUUUUAAUG